AUGGGCGCGAUCGUUAGCAAACCACCACACCACCAACAGGAUUCCAAGAGCUCUUCAUCAAAGGCUUCCACUCAUCAUAAUGAUUCAAGGGCUAUCUCCAAGAUUACCGACAAGGGGUUGUUUUCGAAUAGUAAUAAUAAUAAUUCGAGAACUCCCUCUUCGACUGGAAACGACCAUGCAAAGUCAUCAACUAAGCAAUCAUCGCUCACCGUAGACACAACACAUAAUUCCUCUCAAAAACAACAUAUUCCUCUUUCAUCAAGUGUUUCACCAAUUACCUCAUCUUCCGAUUUAUCAUUCGGUGCCAAUAACCAAGCUCAACAGGCAGCAACAUCCAAUGUAGACUUCAAUGAAUAUGAGGAUAAAGAAUAUGAAAUGGUUGAGGAAUACGAUGAUGGAGAAAAUGUCGAACCGGCCUUCCAAAUGGAUGAACAUAUUGCUGCAUGUAUGUGCCCAGUGAUUGUAGUGGAUACAAAGACCAACAUCCACUCCAUGAACAGUUUUGGUGAAGAGUUGUUUGGAAAGACAGCUAGUGAUCUGGACGGAAAGAAUGUUUGUGUUCUACUGAGUGAAAAUAGUGCAGGAGAGUUACAGAAGCGAAUUAGAGAUUAUUUGCAACUCCGAACAAAGUCCUUACUUGCGGAGAAGAUCAUUUAUGACAUUAAGGAACCAAAAACACCAAUUCGAAAGAUUGGCAUUAGAAUUACUGAAAUGAUCAAAAGUGGAGUUCCUUAUUUCAUUUGCUAUCUGCAACCAGAAGGAUUGCAGAAAGGCAGUAACUUUGAAGACAUUCUUAAGAAUCAAAAUACAACUGUGCAAGAAGUUGAUUCAGAUGAUGACGGAGAAGGAAGUGUUGCCAGCUUAGACAAAAAAAGUAGACCUGGAGAAGACAACCCAGCGGAGGACGGCAAUGAAGGUGGAGAGGUACAACAACAGUCAUUUCAAUUUCACAGCGCUGUGACACAGCUUUCAACCAUACCUAUUGUUGCGAUUGAUUGUUUAUCAAUUGUUCAGACGUGGAAUCCAGCCGCCGAGCAUGUUUUUGGUAUUAAGGCGAGCGAAAUUCUUGGAAGCUCGCUAACAAUCAUUAUGCCUGAAGAAAUUGCUAUAAACCACAACAGCUAUGUCGAGAGAUAUGUAAGAACAGGUAUUAAGAGAGUAGUUGACAAAAUAAGAGUAGUCAAUGGAAAGCGGAAAACUGGUGAAAUUUUCCCUGUUGAGCUAAAAAUCACUGAAAUUAAGGACGAUAAGGAUCAACGAGUAUUUCUAGGAUUUGCGAGAGACAUGACAGCCGUCAUAACUAAAACGGAACAAUACAAACACUUGGCAGAACAAAUUUUCCCUGCAUCCAUAGCAACACGAGUGGUUAACGGUGAUUUAAUUCAUGAUUUCCAUGACAAUGUGACGAUCAUGUUUAGCGAUAUUGAAAACUUUAACCAGCUAUCGCUUGAGAUUUCUCCCAAAAAUUUGAUCAGCUUUUUAGAUUCCAUCUUUGAAAAAUUUGAUCAAAUUAUUCAAAAGUACUCUCUUGAGAAAAUCAAAACUAUUGGAGAUAACUACAUGUUGGCAAGUGGCCUUCCUGAGAAGAAUGACAAGUUUGCCGAAAACGCCGUUCGUGGGGCAUUUGAAAUGGCAAAAAUCGUUGCAGAAAUGAACGCAACCUCUAAAUUUAAGGUCAACAUUAGAGUUGGUUUAAGUACUGGUGAGGUUGUUGCUGGUAUUGUUGGUAAAAAGAAGCCGGCUUAUGAUGUUUGGGGAGCGACUGUUAACUUUGCAAGCAGAAUGCAAUCGACCAGUUAUACUAAUCACAUUCAGAUUUGCACAAAGACUUAUCAACUUCUGCCAAUAGAUUUGGCCCAUCUAUUUGUGCCAAGAAGCGAUGUAAAGGUAAAAGGAAUCGGUAGUUGCGACACGUUUAUUUCUGAGAAACCUGUUGUGUAA